UUUACCUUUUUAUAUACAGUGUAUGGUUUUUACUCGUACUUCUUUCGGGGGAUGUUGUGGCCGAAUCUGGCAACCGUGUAUCCCGGACCGUUGAGCAGCGGCUAAUGGCUGACUGGGAGUUCAGGAUUAGCAAACGUUCCCCACUGCAGGUUCUGAUGUGGGCAUUUGUAUUGGUAAACAGUUGAAACUGCACUUGGAAGACAGAGCAUAGAAAGUGCCAAACCGAGUUGGUUGGCAGCAGCUCUGCAACAUGUCCAAGAGCAAGAGCUCCGAGUCGGUCAAGGUGGUGGUCCGCUGUCGCCCUAUGAAUGAAAAAGAGCGGGCAGCCAAGUUUGAAAGGGUGGUCUCUGUUGAUGUCAAAUUGGGCCAAAUUAUUGUCAGGAACCCCAGAGAGGCCUCAGCCAAUGAACUCCCCAAAGUCUUCACUUAUGAUUCUGUCUACGACUCAAACUCCAAACAGAUAGAUCUGUAUGAUGAAACCUUCAGGCCCCUGGUGGAUUCAGUUCUUCUUGGCUUCAAUGGGACCAUUUUUGCCUAUGGGCAGACGGGUACAGGGAAAACGUACACUAUGGAGGGGGUGAGAAAUGAUCCAGAGAGGAGAGGGGUGAUCCCAAACUCCUUUGAGCACAUCUUCACUCACAUUUCACGGUCCCAGAAUCAGCAAUACCUGGUGAGAGCAUCAUAUCUAGAAAUUUACCAAGAGGAGAUCAGAGACUUGCUCUCUAAGGACCAGUCACGUCGUCUCGAGCUUAGAGAGAGGCCUGACACGGGUGUGUACGUCAAAGACCUUUCAUCAUUUGUCACCAAGAGUGUGCGGGAGAUCGAACAUGUCAUGAAUGUGGGCAACCAGAAUCGUUCAGUGGGGGCUACUAACAUGAAUGAACACAGCUCCCGUUCUCACGCCAUCUUUGUCAUCACCGUCGAGUGCAGUGAGUUGGGUGUGGAUGGGGAGAAUCAUAUCAGAGUAGGCAAACUGAACCUGGUAGAUUUAGCUGGUAGUGAAAGACAGACCAAGACUGGUGCUCAGGGUGAGAGGCUUAAAGAGGCCACUAAGAUCAAUCUGUCACUUUCUGCCCUGGGGAAUGUCAUAUCAGCUCUGGUGGAUGGCAGAAGCAGCCACAUCCCCUACAGGGAUUCAAAACUCACUCGUCUGCUGCAGGACUCUCUGGGGGGAAAUGCCCGCACCGUCAUGGUUGCCAACAUCGGCCCGGCAUCCUACAAUUUGGAGGAGACCUUGACAACGCUGCGCUACUCCAACAGGGCUAAGAACAUCAAGAAUAAACCACGUAUCAACGAGGACCCCAAGGACGCCCUGCUCAGGGAGUUUCAGGAGGAGAUUGCAAGGCUGAAGGCACAGCUGCAAAAACGCUCAGGAAAGAAGAAAAAGAGGAGGCAGAGGAGGAGGGCCGGGGAAGGGAGCGACGGUGAGGAUCUGGAUGAAGAAGAGACAGAGGACGAUGAGGAAGAUGUGGAAGACAAAGGGGAUUACUGGCGGGAGCAGCAGGAGAAGCUGGAGAGAGAGAGAAAGGCUAUCAUGGAUGAUCACAGUCUGGUGGCUGAGGAGAAAGUUCGGCUGCUUAAAGAGAAGGAGAAGAAAAUGGAAGAUUUGAAGAGGGAGAGGGAGGCCGGCGAGAUGCUCUCAGCCAAAGUGAAGGCGAUGGAGAGUAAGCUCCUGGUAGGGGGAAAGAACAUUGUGGAUCACACCAAUGAGCAACAGAAAAUGCUGGAGCUGAAGAGGCAGGAAAUCGCUGAACAGAAACGGCGAGAGCGAGAGAUGCAGCAGCAGGUGGAGAGUCGUGACGAGGAGACUCUGGAGCUGAAGGAGACCUACAGCUCUCUGCAGCAGGAGGUUGACAUCAAAACCAAGAAGCUAAAAAAGCUGUUUGCCAAGCUGCAGGCAGUGAAGGCAGAAAUCCAUGACAUCCAGGAGGCACACAUCGAGGAACGCCAGGAGCUGGAACAGACCCAGAAUGAGCUCACCAGGGACCUCAAACUCAAGCAUCUAAUCAUCGAGAACUUCAUUCCGUUAGAGGAGAAGAACAAAAUAGUCAACAGGGCUUACUUUGAUGAGGAGGAUGAAUACUGGAAAACGAAGCCCAUCACACGUAUAGAGGAUGACCACCAGAUGAUGACCAGGCCUUUGUCUGCGGUCGGCUACAGGAGGCCUCUCAGUCACCAUGCUCGCAUGGCCAUGAUGAUGAGGCCUGACAUGAGAUACAAAGCUGAAAACAUCAUGAUGCUGGACAUGGACCUGCCGGCUCGGACCACUAAGGAGUAUCAGGAGCCGGUUAUCGCCCCAAAGGUGGCGGCAGCUCUGGAGGACGCUCUUAGGGAUGAGGAUGAGAUCCAGGUAGAUGCCUCAGGCUUUCACAGCAGCUUGGGACCAACCCCACCCGCCAGCGCAACUGGCAGCCUCAAGAAACCAAAGUCUGGUCGACCAAGAACGGGCAAGAAGUCGAGCACUCCAACCUCUCCGUUCAGCCCCUCCAGUCCAGGAUCCUCACUUUACCCACAGUCCCGUGGCCUGGUGCCCAAGUGACAGCUUCUGUCACCACCAACCUGUCUUGUGCACCUUGCCACUUUGAGACUCAAGUUUGAGAGACUGGGUUUAGUUUUGUGUGAGUAAUUCUUUGUCAAGAUGACAGAAAAAAACAUUAAGACUAAUGCUGCUUUGUAGGUUUUAACUGUAACCACACCACUACGAACUGUUGUCAUGAGCUCGUCAUCUUGCAUAUUUGAUUUGGAAACCCUCAUCCUGAGAGUGAGUCAGGACAGCAGCCACGCAUGAAGCCUCACAUCACUCUACACUGCUGUUACCUUUCCCUACACUUGGCUAAAUGCCAUGUUCUUAAUGUACAGAAAAAAACGAAAGUGUGCUCAGAAUCCCCCUUGAUGGACUGCAGUAUCCUUUAUGCACUUCUUCCUAUCGUCUCAAGUCUGUUGUAGUUCUCUCUCUUACUGUAAGUGUGAACAUUGGGGGAGGGGGGGGAGGGGGUUGACGUAAAGACACAUGGACUUGUCAGUAACCGGGCGGGUGUGUGUGUAUGUGUUUGUCAGUGUGUUCUUGUGUGUGUGUGUGUGUGUGAGCAUGUGUGUCUUAACGUUGUUGGAAUAUUGAACUUUUCAAUUUGUCAAACUGUGUUGUUUCUUUCCAUUGUUGUAGUUCUGAUCAUGGUAGAACGGAGCUGCGUGUGUUUUUUUUUUAUGUUUUAAAGGAAUAUUUAAACAUUUUGGGAAAUAUGCUUAUGUGCUUUGUUGCAGAGAGGUAGAUGAGAAAAUCAACACCACUCUCAUGUGGUAGUGCUUAAUAUGACACUAGAGGCAAUCAGCUUAUCUUAGCAAUGCAAUGCUGCCAGUCAAGAAAUUGUUCCAGCAUGCAACUCUCCGUUUCUACGUUUCUGUUUGUGUACUGAUUAAACAAAUAAGAUACAGUUUGUUAAUUAUUAAUUGGUAGGUGGAUGGACUGAGUUGGGUUAUUACUAACCCUUGCUUCCAGUCUUUAUGCUAAACUAAGGUAAUCACCUGCCGGCUCUGGUUUCAUAUUUAGCGUACAGACAUUAGAGUAACAGUGCAUCUCCUAAAAUGUUGAACUAUUCCUUUAACUCUGUAUGAUUGUAAACACACAGGGCAGAAAGUAAAGCACACCACAGGCUUGGCCUCUGUCACAAGGUGCUGUAAUCAGUAGAUGCUGUUCUUCCUGGGGCAUACGAGAUGGAGAUGGGGAACGAUGGGAGAAAGCUCAACACAAACACCCACUACAUGACAUUGCAGUUGGCCACUAGACAUCCUAGCAGGAGAUCAAUACUAUCCAAACCCUGGGUCAUUUCAAAGUUACUAUCCUGGAAUGUGCCUCAGAUUUAUCAGGGUUCCAAGGUGCCUUAGCCUUUGUCCUUAAUCUCUGCUUCUUAGUUUGAAGUGUGCAUGCACAUUCUUCUUGGCCAGGGUUUUUUCAUCACUACAUCUCCUCAUUCAUUCCAGCAUCAGGGAAUUGUUAUUAGCAUGGUCCUGACAUUCCUGUCAGAAUGGGUUGUGCUCUUUAUAUGGAGAGGCAGAGCAUUUGGACACAGCAUUUAACCACCCCCAGGUUUCUGGGUAGGGGCCACAGGAAGGCACGCAGAGGGUGACUUAUACCCCUCUGUUUGUUUUAUUUUUACCUCAUCUACCUUUGUAUUGGUCCUUGUGGUCAUUGGAAAGAACUGAUUGGUCUAACAGAACACUAAAACCCCAGGGGAGUGCUGAGCUCUUCAUAGUACUGGAGUCGAAAAACGGAGUCAAAACACUAUGGAUUUGAGUGGAUCUGAAUCCACAAACCAUUCCAUUUGUAUGCAUACAGAUGAAUAAUGUGCAGUUUUAACCUUCACGGUUCAGCCCACCUCUCUGCUGCUCUCUGUUCCCCAUACUCCUAACUGUGAGGAGUGUCCUGUCCGCUCGCUGCUACUGUGUAGGGUUUUACAACCCACUGUGACAUUUCAACAGGCCUGGGUCAAAUGGCAAAUGAAACCCUCUCAAAUACUUGUCAUGUGUGCAGUUGAUUGUAUGUUUAAGAGCCAUCAGCCAUCAACCUGUCUCAGUUGUUUAAAGGGUCUGCUGUUUGACCCAUGCCUGCAUACCUUAUGUAUUUAGAUAUGUAACAAUGAUUAUAGACUUCUUGAUAGGCAAUCCUCAGUCACUUUUACAGAUAUAUAUAAAAAAAAGAAAACUACAAAAAUGGGUUUCCAUGUUGAAAAAAAAUUAACUUAUUAUAACCUUUCAUUUUAUAUACAGAUGUAGAUAGAUACUUUUUUAUUCAGUUUUAUUUCUUUAAAAUAGAUUAUUUUAUUUUUUGAGCUUUGUAAUUUUAUGUUGAAAUGUUUUAUUUUUUUGCAUCAUACAUGUGCUAUGUGUCUUCUUUUGUAUUCGGCAAGGUACAGGCUUUUUGUGUGUGCGUGUACACUUCAACAUGCUUUAGUCGAUAAGUUCUCCACAUGGAAGAUGAAGGUGAAACAGUUGCAUAUCUUUAAUUUGGGGAAGUGUGGAGACUGCUUAUAGAAAGAAGUGGGAGCUUAAUUCCCGUCACAGUAGAGUAUUUACACGUUCACUGUACAUUUAACUUCAUAAACAUAAUCUUUAGAAUAAGGCUUAACUGAUGUAACUAACAUUGCUAUGCUGUAUUCCUGCCGCAUGAUUGUACCACGCUUGACUAAUACGUUUGGUUGUGUGAGUAUUUGUCAUUCAUAGGAUUUUGGUAAGCAAAAUGUGAAUGUCUUAAUUUAAUUCAAUACCUUUGCAUCUGUAUCCCAUAGCUACAUCACUGGAUCCAAACUCCAUAUCUAAGACUUUAAUGACCAACUUUUAUGUGCUGGUAUUGUUUUUAUAGCCAAAUGAGGAUUAUGCUGGUGCACUUCUGUCUGUGGCUGGCUAUGUCUUUUACCUGUUUAGUUUCUUUUGAUUAUUAAAGACCAUUCAAUGAAAACAAGA